AUGAAGCGUAGCAUCGGUUCCAAUUCCAAUAGUGGAAGUAGCAAGAAGUCUAAGAAGAAUAAUAACCCCAGCAAUCAGAAAACCCUAGGCGCGGCAUGGGGCGCAGCUUCUCGUCCUUCUUCUUCUUUUCGUUCUUCUCCAUUUUCCAAUUUCGGAAGUUACAUGGAGGUGAAAAACCGGAAACUUCAGAACCAAUUUGAAAACGAGGCUGCUGGUGUUUCGGGUUCUGAGAAGCUUAUCUUCCAAGGGGUUUCAAUCUUUGUGGAUGGUUUAACCGUUCCUUCCCAUCAGGAAUUGCGGAGUUACAUGAUGAGGUAUGGUGGGAGAUUCGAGAACUACUUUUCAAGACGUUCUGUGACACAUAUCAUCUGCAGCAACCUUCCAGAUAGUAAAGUCAAGAAUCUACGGGCAUUCAGCAGAGGGUUACCUGUUGUGAAACCCGCAUGGAUAGUGGACUCUAUCUCUGCCAACAGACUUUUGGGAUGGGUUCCUUACCAACUAGAUCAACUGAAUGAUACCCAGCCAAAGUUGUCUGCGUUUUUUGCACCCAGAAGACAUUCCAAUCCGCAGGUGGCUUCGCCGGUUUCAUCUUCUCAACCUGAAACUGGAUUCAGUGAAGCUGAAGAGGGAAGUUCAGUUAGAGCAGGAGAAUCAGAGGAACCAAGAGACCACGUUGCUGAUGAAAUGGAUGGCGUUUAUACUGAGAAGACUACUCCAGAAAUGACUGCACAAACAAGAAUUGACAAUCUACAAUGUUCUGAAGUGAAUGCAGAAAUACUUGGUAAUUAUGACAACGAAGAGAAAGAACUUAAUAGUGAACUCCAGUCCACUACCAAUCUGCCUUCUGCGUCGGACAACAAAUCCUCCCAUGGAAAAUCGGUUGCAACUGCUGCUGAAUCCUCUCUAAGGCGCCAUUCAACUCUCGAGGACCCCAAUUUUGUGGAAAACUACUUCAAGAAUUCAAGGCUGCAUUUUAUUGGAACAUGGAGAAACAGAUACCGUAAAAGAUUCCACGGCUCUUUUAAUGGACUUAAAUGGACAGAUUCUGGCCAGAAUACAGAUGAAAAUGCCAAGAAGUUAACCAUUAUCCACAUCGAUUUGGAUUCGUUCUUUGUGUCGGUGGUAGUCAGGAACCGUCUUGAAUUACAAGACAAGCCCGUAGCCGUAUGCCACUCAGAUAAUCCUAAAGGAACGGCGGAAAUUUCUUCUGCAAACUAUCCAGCUCGGGCUUAUGGAGUGAAGGCAGGUAUGUUUGUAAGACAUGCCAAAGACCUUUGUCCUCAGCUUGUUAUUGUUCCUUACAACUUUGAAGCCUAUGAAGAGGUAGCUGAUCAGUUUUAUGACAUCCUGCAUAGGCAUUGCAGAAAAGUUCAGGCGGUAAGCUGCGAUGAAGCAUUUUUAGAUGUCUCAGAUAUGAGAGAUGUAGAACCUGAGUUGUUAGCAUCAACAAUAAGAAAAGAGAUUCUUGACACUACUAGAUGCAGUGCAAGUGCUGGGAUAGGCGGUACUAUGCUAAUGGCUCGCCUUGCUACCAGAGUUGCUAAACCAGCCGGUCAGUUUCAUAUCUCUGCUGAGAAGGUGGAGGAGUUCUUGGAUCAGCUUGCAGUCGGCACACUUCCUGGUGUAGGUUCUGUGUUGAAGGAGAAGCUGGAGAAGCAAAAUAUUCAAACCUGUAGGCAGUUACGUUUAAUAUCCAAGGAUGCUCUUCAAAAGGAUUUUGGGGUGAAAACCGGCGAGAUGCUUUGGAGUUAUAGCAGAGGACUAGAUCUUCGGUCUGUUACGGCGGUGCAGGAGAGCAAGUCCAUAGGGGCUGAAGUGAAUUGGGGCGUACGGUUUAGAGAUCAGCAAGAUGUUCAACACUUCCUCCAAUGCCUAUGCAAGGAAGUUUCUUUGCGUCUGCAAGGAUGUGAAAUGAUGGGACGCACUUUUACUCUUAAGAUAAAAAAGAGAAAAAAAGAUGCCGGAGAACCUGUGAAGUAUAUGGGUUGUGGAGACUGUGACAACUUUAGCCGUUCUAUCACUGUGCCUGCCGCUACAGAUGACAUAGAAGUUCUACAGAGGAUUUCAAAGAAGUUGUUUGGGUCGUUUUGCUUGGAUGUUAAGGAAGUUCGUGGGGUUGGGCUUCAGGUCUCUAAGCUUGAGGGUGCAGAUCCUUCUAAUAAAGGUUCAAAGACACUGACAUCAUGGCUCAACUCUGCGCCUGCCUCUGUCCAAACAGAAAAAGAUGAUAAUGUCUUUGCUGCAGAAGUUAGAGAGAUACCAGAGGGUAAGAGGCGCGAUACUGGUGGAGUUUCUAGACUCCGAGAAUGUAAUUCAGCAGAACCCUCAGUUCAGUCAGGUGAUACAAAUUCGUCCUUGCCGCCCAUGUGUCACCUUGACAUGGAAGUUUUAGAGAACCUUCCUCCGGAGCUCCUUUCAGAAUUAGAUGGAACCUACGGCGGGAAGUUGUAUGAGUUGAUUGAGAAGAAACGAGGCAAAAGAAAAAUCAACAGCAGUUCUCCACAUGUCUCCUUGGAUGGCAUUAAAGGAUCGAGUUCUGCUUCAAUUAAGAUACACGGCUCCAGCACAUCUGGAGAAAAGAAACAUGACAAACCACAUCCUUCCAUUGCAAGAGCACCUAGUGAGCGUGCCAUCAAAAUGACUGAUUUGAUGCCGUUAUCCCUUAGUCAAGUUGACGUCUCUGUGUUACAAGAAUUGCCUGAAGAGUUGAGAGCUGAUGUGUUGGGAGCAUUUCCUACCCACCGGAGACAACAGUCAUCAUCAAAUGCUCCGAUGGAGACUUGUAAGAAACAAGAUAAGGAGCCAACAGAUAUAAAUGACGCUGAGAAUGACAUUGGAUUCUCAAGUAGCUCUCUCUGGUUUGGUAAUCCUCCUUUGUGGGUAGAGAAUUUCCAAAUUAGCGGCAAUUGUACUUUGGAAAAAUUUUCAAAGAUAUACUACAAGGUGGCUCAGCCAAGGCCUAUGUUAUCCACGGUGCUCCAACGUGCUAUGUCAGAAGUUUGGAGUUCUGGUGAUGCAAGUGCCAAUGAUUUGGAGAAAACCGUUCACGAUGUGUGUGAAUUUCUUAAAGAGUACAUUAAGAUCAAGGUAGAAGGUGAUAUUGAAGAGAUAUAUCUCUGCUUCCGCCUUCUGAAAAGAUUAGCAGCGAGGAGCCAACUCUUCCACCAAGUCUAUGAGAUUGUGUCUCCCUUUAUUCAGGCGUUGAUCAGUGAACACUAUGGAGGAAGCUUGAGCAUGCCUUGAAAGGAUCUUUUUUCUCCUGAAAGCAACUAAAUGCUUCAAAUUACUCUUUAACUGGAUGCUACUGAAGAAUGCAUACUUGCAGAAGAAUGUGGAUCCCAAGGGCUUCGUGGUGAAUGCACAUGAAGCAAGCUUAAACAGUCAUAUGGAAGUGAUUCAGCCUUAACGAAUACAGCCACCACUCUCUUUAGGAAUGUAUACUGGAGAAACAAACACCCCCAUUGUAUUUAAUAGCACACUUUACAAAUAUAGUGUUGUAUAUGUCGUGCUUAUUGACUACGCUCCUUUGUAUAUUUGUAGCUUUAUAUAUCAACUAAAGUUAUCAAGUGUUAAAGAUAUUUAGGAUUUAAGUUAAAACUAGGGCUAGCAAAAAAGGCUGCUAUUGAUUUGCUUCAAAGGUAUCAUCAGCCAUUCAGCCUCACCAGCAACACCGAUCCCGUCAGCUUCGACUUCAGUAUCAUCUGCUCAAAGACGUUUCAGCAUUCAGUCUCUUCCUCCUC